CUCAGGCAGAGGACCAGAUAUGCACACAAAUAGGAGACCCUGCAAACCCUCAGCUUGUUAAAGAUGGGGACAUUGUGUUAGGAGGACUUUUUUCUUUCCACACCAACUGGGUAGAAAAAAGAAAACCUACAUGGAAAAGCCCAAGCCACUGCAAUGCAUUAGUUUGAAUUUCAGAGAGUUCCAGUUAGUCCAGGCUAUGCUUUUUGCCAUUGAGGAGAUCAAUAACAGUUCAGACCUACUACCAGGCGUAUCUCUGGGAUAUAAAAUAUACGAUACAUGUGGAUCCAUUGCAAGAAGUGUGAAAGUCACACUGGCCUUGGUAAAUGGUAAUAAAAUGGUGGCUUCGCCUUCAAAGGCAUGUACAAGUCCUUCAAAUGUGCAGGCCAUAAUCGGAGAAACAUCUUCUUCUCCUUGUACUGCAAUAGCCACUGUUAUGGGUCCAUUUCACAUCCCACUGAUCAGCCACUUUGCCACAUGUGCUUGUCUCACUAAUAAAAUCAAAUACCCCUCAUUUCUUAGAACCAUACCCAGUGACUAUUACCAGAGUAGAGCCCUUGCACAGCUGGUAAAGCAUUUUGGUUGGACAUGGGUUGGAGCUGUAAGGUCAAAUGAAGAUUAUGGCAAUAAUGGCAUGGCCACCUUCAUAGAAACUGCACAGAAGUUGGGCAUAUGUGUGGAAUAUUCUGUAUCUUUCUUUAGAACUGACCCAUCAGACAAAAUACAAAAGAUAAUUAAUACUAUUAAAGCUUCAACUUCAAAAGUAAUUGUUACCUUCCUCUCCCACAUGGACUUGGAUAUAUUAUUACAUGAGUUGUCUGGUCACAACUUGACUGGCUACCAGUGGGUGGGAACUGAAGCUUGGAUAUUUGAUUCUAAAACUGCAGAAGGAGAUGUUAAUCACAUUUUAGAUGGAGCCAUAGGCCUUUCCAUCCCCAAGGCAAAUGUGACUGGUCUGAAAGAGUUCAUGCUGGAUGUAAGGCCACUGAACUCAUCAAAUGCAGACUUAUUUACUGAGUUCUGGGAAACAUUAUUUAGCUGUAAUUUCAAACCGUUAAAAUCCACAGAGAAUUAUAGAACAUGUACUGGAAAGGAAGACAUAAAUAAAGUGGAAAACAGUUUCACUGACAUGUCGCUCAUGCCCAUAUUCAACAAUGUCUACAAAGGAGUGUAUGCAGUGGCCAAUGCCCUACACAAAAUUAUGAGCUGUAACAAAUCAUGUAAUAAAAAUAUGCAACUCGACCCUUAUACGAUUUUACAGCACAUAAAGGGAAGUAAUUUCAAAACAAAGGAAGGUGAUCAUGUUUACUUUAAUGAGAAUGGAGAUCCUGCUGCAAUGUAUGAAAUCAUAAACUGGCAGCCAGCUGAAAAUGGUACUGUUGACUUUGUGACGGUUGGUCUGUAUGACGCAACAUUACCAAAUGACAAACAAAUGAAUCUGUACAACAAAACCAUCAUUUGGAUGCAAAACUCUUUGGAGGUCCCACUGUCAGUUUGCAGUAAGAAAUGUCCCCCAGGAACACGAAAGGUUCUCCUGAAAGGAAAGCCUGUGUGCUGUUUUUUGCCUGAAUUUAUCUGAGAAUGCUUAAGGAACAAUUGAUAUCAUGUUGACUCAUUAUUUUUAAAUGACAAACCAGCAUUUGCUGAAGA